AUGGCAUCCAAAUCCACCCUUCCCCUGUUUCUUCCCCUGCUUCCCCUGUUUCUGCAGAUUCUAAUUCCCAACAGUCAUUCUGCCCCUCUUUCUUUCGACUUCUACGCCGCUUCCUGCCCCGCCGCCGAAUUAAUCGUCGCCAACACCGUCCGAUCAGCUUCCGCCCAAGACCCAUCAAUCCCCGGCAAGCUCCUCCGCCUCCUCUUCCACGACUGCUUCGUCGACGGCUGCGACGGAUCCGUCCUCCUCAAAGGCAACUCAACCGAACGAACCGACCCAGCUAACCAAUCCCUCGGCGGGUUCGAAGUCAUCGACUCGGCCAAAUCGGUGCUCGAAAUCUUCUGCCCAGCCACCGUCUCCUGCGCCGACAUCCUCGCCCUCGCCGCCAGAGACGCCGUCGCGGUCGCCGGCGGGCCGGCGACCCAAAUCCCCACGGGGAGGAGAGAUUCCAAAUCCUCCUCGGCCCAAAGCGUCAGGCCCAAUAUUGUGGAUACAAGCUUCACGAUGGCACAAAUGGGCCGGAUCUUCUCCUCCAAGGGCCUGUCUCUUCUCGACCUCGUUGUUCUCUCGGGGGCCCACACUAUCGGCUCGGCCCACUGCGGCGCGUUCAGCGACCGGUUCGAGUCAGAUUCCAAGGGGAAGCUGAAGCUCGUUGAUUCUGCCUCUCUCGAUCCCAAUUACGCGAGCGAUCUGAUUAAGAAAUGUCCCGCCGGCGGCGAUACGAACCCUAAAGUCACCGUCGCCAACGAUCCCCAGACGGCGAAUCUGUUCGAUAAUCAGUACUAUAGGAAUUUGGUGGCGCGCAGGGGAUUGUUUCAGUCGGAUUCCGUUCUGGUGGACGACGAGAGGACGAGGAGAAUUGUGGAGGAGAUGGCGGGAGAUCAGGAGAGGUUUUUCGAGGCGUGGAGCGAGUCGUUUGUGAAGCUCGCUGGGAUUGGAGUGAAGACUGGUGAGGGAGAAGGGGAGAUUCGAGCUUCUUGUUCGGCUGUCAAUGGCGUGGUGUGA